AUGAAAACAUUCAAGCUCUCAAUACUUGGUAUUUUCACCAUUGCAAGCUUUGUAGCUGCUCAGCUGGAGACGCCUGAGGAUUUUUGCAAGAGAACCGCUGGACCAACUUACGUCCCUAAAAAGGAUGCAAAUGGUGUCUUCCAAGGCGAAUGCGAAACCGCAGCUAUAAGCAUUUGUCUUGGAACAGAAUAUGCACAAUCUCAGACUGGUGCUACAACCUGCUGUCUGCCACCAAACACAGUUCAGUCUGCUAGUGGGAAGCAAGGUUGUUGCCCACCAGGCCAGAAUUUCAAAUGGGAUGGCACGUCCCCUUCCUGCGUCACACCUCCGCCACCUGCUCCCGCUAUAUCUUGCCCAGCUUCCAACAUGCAAGUUGUAAAUCGCAAUGGGCAAAACUUCAGAAUCUACUGCCAGCGUGCAGUGAUGGUAUACACACAUCCCUGGUUAACCACCACUUCGUAUGGAAUAUACCGAGCCAUCCAGGGCCCUGAGCUGAUGACGAAUGAUUUCGAGACUUGCCUACGAUUUUGCGCGGCGAAUGGGAAAUCUAAUGGCGCCAAUUUCUGGCCUGCACAAGGAUUGUGCUCUGUGGUUGACACGCCGCCUGGGAAUUUCUUUAAAGUGGGAAGUCGUUAUGAUGUACCACCUCCUCCAUACAAUGGACCGCAGAUUAUCUCCAUGGUAGCGAUACCCAAGCGUGCUUAUUAG